AUGUCCCUCAGGGCGCGGAGGAAAAAGGGCUCUGUGCGACGGCUCGGCCUGCAGAAGCUGUGGGAUUGGUGCUUGGGACUUGUGCAGAUGACAUCAGUCCCUUGGAGGGUGGUGAUUGGCCGACUGGGCAGGAUAGGUCACGGAGAGUUAAAAGACUGGAGUAUUCUGCUGAGCAGGAGAAACCUUCAGUCGCUGAGUCGCCGUCUCAAGGAAAUGUGCCGAAUGUGUGGCAUCUCCGCCUCCGACACUCCCAGCAUCCUCAGCGUGUGCUUGGUUGCCAUGGAGCCCCAGGGAUCCUUUAUCAUCAUGCCAGGUACAGCGUGUGCACAUGAAAAAGAUUAUAAGUUCACAU